AUGAGCUCUCCGGCCUCUUCACCGUCUGCGCUCGCCGCUGGCAGCAAGCGCAAGCGUGCCGGCGCCGAGCAGCCGCCGUCGCCGUCGCGGGAGGACAGCCUCGAUGAGCCUUCUCGGAUCGAAGACGAGACCGAGCCGGCUGCUGCCCAAGAUCACGACGAGCCCAAAGACGACGAACCCGCGGCGACAUCCCACAACCGUCGCAGCCAUCGACAUGGCGGCCACCACCACCACAGUCACAGCCACCAGACGACCGCCCAGCCGCUGCCGCCUAACAAGCGCCAGCGGUCCAACAACGGCACGGACGGCCGUCGGGCCCGCAACGAGACCGAUCCGAGCGACGACGACGACCAGGCCGAGGACGGCGACAAGACGUCGAUGCUGCCGCCGCCCAUUGGCAAGCUGACCGACCCGGUCGGCUACAAGACCAAUUUGCCCCCGGUCGGCCGUCCGGUGCGGGUAUAUGCCGACGGCGUCUUUGACCUGUUCCAUCUAGGACACAUGCGCCAGCUCGAACAGGCCAAGAAGGCGUUCCCCGAAGUGUAUCUCAUGGUCGGCGUGACGGGCGACGAAGAAACACACAAGCGCAAGGGUCUGACGGUGCUGUCGGGCAAGGAACGAGCAGAGACGCUGCGCCACUGCAAGUGGGUGGACGAGGUAGUGGAGAACUGCCCGUGGAUCGUGACGCCCGACUUCCUCGAGGCCCGGCAGAUCGACUAUGUGGCCCACGACGACAUCCCGUACGGCGCUGCCGAGGGCGACGACAUCUACCAACCCAUCAAGGCGGCCGGCAAGUUCCUUGUCACGCAGCGCACUGAGGGCGUCAGCACGACGGGCAUCAUCACCAAGAUUGUCCGCGACUACGAAAAGUACAUUGCGCGGCAGCUGAAGCGCGGCACAUCGCGACAGGAACUUAACGUCAGCUGGCUCAAGAAGAAUGAGCUGGAGCUGAAGCGCCACGUCCAGGACCUGCGCGACAAUAUUCGGGUCAACUGGACGACGACGGGCCAAGAGCUCAGCCGCGAGCUGCGCCAGUUGUGGCCGUCGAGUCGGCCGCAGAGCCCGGCGCCACGGCCGUCCCUACGGCUGGCAUCGCCUUCGACGUCGACGCUGGCAGCAGGCAGCUCGAUGGACCGGUCGCCGUCCAGCCCGACGCCGACCAUGGCCACUGCAGGCGGCGUGGCCACGCCCAAGUCGCCGGGUGCUGGUGGCACCAACGACUUUGUGGCAGGUUAUGCCUUGGGCCUGAUUGGCGGUGUUCGCUCGUGGAUGACCAAGAGCCGUAGACAGGGCGGCCCCAACUCGCAGUCCCGACAGGACAAGCGCGAGAGCCACGAGGACCACGAGAGCCAUCCGGACGGCGGCAGCCACAACAGCCACAACCGCCAUCACGGCCACGGCCGGAACGCCAAGGGUGGCAACAGCCGCGUGUCGUCGUCGUCGGACCUGCGGCGAGCCGUGCGGGCAGUCUACUAG